AGUAGUAAAAGACUAAUUAGGAAAUAGUGUGUGGUAGUACUUGAGAGUACUCAAAAGUAGCUUCAAGAUCCCGGCAACUGAUUCAUUUUCAUUUGACAAGUGAUUACAAUAAUAGAAUAACAUUGCAGCUUUGUCAACGUUAAGUAUAUAGAUAUAUAAUAUAAAAAAUGCCGAAAUUUCAUAAAGUUGAGAUAAAUAAAACAGAAUGGGAGGUUCCUGAACGUUAUCAAAUGUUAACACCAGUUGGUUCAGGUGCUUAUGGCCAAGUGUGUUCAGCUGUUGACACAGUGUCAAAUCAAAAGGUAGCUAUUAAAAAAUUGGCCAGGCCCUUUCAAUCUGCAGUACACGCUAAGAGAACUUAUAGGGAACUACGGAUGCUCAAACACAUGAAUCAUGAGAAUGUGAUUGGACUUUUGGAUGUUUUUCAUCCAUCAACUUCUUUAGAAGACUUUCAACAACUGUACCUGGUAACCCAUUUAAUGGGCGCUGAUCUCAAUAAUAUUGUAAGGACUCAAAAACUAUCGGAUGAUCAUGUACAAUUUCUUGUUUAUCAAAUAUUAAGAGGAUUAAAAUAUAUUCACUCGGCGGGAAUUAUUCACAGAGAUUUGAAACCUUCAAAUAUUGCAGUUAAUGAAGAUUGUGAAUUAAAAAUUCUCGAUUUCGGUCUAGCACGACCUACGGAGAAUGAAAUGACUGGUUAUGUAGCAACGAGAUGGUAUCGUGCGCCUGAAAUAAUGCUCAAUUGGAUGCACUACAAUCAAACAGUUGACAUUUGGUCUGUCGGUUGCAUCAUGGCCGAGUUGCUCACCGGAAGAACAUUAUUCCCUGGCACAGAUCAUAUUCAUCAAUUAAAUCUAAUAAUGGAAGUCCUGGGUACUCCACGAGAUGAGUUUAUGCUGAAAAUAUCAUCUGAGUCGGCAAAAAAUUAUAUUCAGAGUUUACCGCCACUCAAGAAGAAAAAUUUCAAAGAAGUAUUUCGUGGCGCUAAUCCAUUAGCUAUUAAUUUACUUGAAUUGAUGUUGGAGUUGGACUCUGAAAAAAGAAUUACUGCUGAUCAAGCUCUGGCACAUCCGUACCUAGCUCAGUAUGCUGAUCCAACAGAUGAACCAGUAUCUCUACCAUACGACCAGAGUUUCGAAGACAUGGAUUUGCCAGUUGAAAAAUGGAAGGAACUUAUAUAUCACGAAGUGAUAAAUUUUGUGCCUCAACAAUUGCCGUCCACUUCAGCAGCUGAACCAUCCGUUAAAUAAUUAUCGGAUUGAUGAUAAUUUGAUAAUAUAUAUAAAAAUUAUAAACAAAGUACUGUUUAUAAAAUAGGACUACCAGAAAAAAAAAUAUGUAAAUAAUAUCGUAGGCAAUGUCGAGCUUAAUUUUUGUUUAAUCGAAAAUCUAGGAUAUAUUUUUUAUUAUAAUUAUCAAAUAAAAUUGAUAUGUUAGAUUGUACAAGGAGAAAAAAAAUGAUUAUUGUUAAACAAAAAUUUGUAUAGAAAUAUAUUUUUACAGCGUAAUAUUUAACAUUUUACAUUAACAGUUCUAGUCGGAGGUAAGGCAAGGCCUUGUUCUGCAAACUUAUUAUUAAUUAAUUAGUACACUCCAUAAUUAAAAUUUUAAAAACUACUGUGUAGUAAAAAA